GUAGCCGACUGAUAGUCAGUAGAUUGCUUCAAUGUUGCCACGAAAGGAUACAGUCGCUGGCGGACAUUUAAAGACGGAAAAUAACGGGUUUUUCUGUUAACGCGGGGACAUGACUUGGUCUGGACGGAUUGUGGUUUUCGAUAUAUUCUUCGCGUGUUUUUAAUAUUUUGGGGGUUUAAUGUGAGAUGUAGCUGUUCUUCAUGGAGAAGAGAGGGGGAUACAAAGCCAGGAGACAGAGGCUAUUUGUGCACAAGCCUAUUUUCGAUUAACAAAUAACGGAUAAUAACGGUGAAAUACUGGAAGAAUUUUCGGAUGUUUCUUUUUACUCGUAAUGCAUGUGUCUUUGGGUUACCAAUUGGUCUCCAGGAUGCGGCACAAUGCAGUGGAAAUAUGUGAAACAGCAGGAGUUCCCUGUUAAAUGUCCAAGCCUUGAGGGCAGUCAGUAGCCUAAUAGCCUACGCACCUCUGGCUUGGAAGAAAGUGCAAGCUAAACCAAUACAUCCCCGGUGAUCGGUAGGAUAUUAAAAAACUAAGAACUUUUUACGUUACAGAGCACAACGCACUGAACGUUAUGGUAAACGGGUUUGGUGCGUUAAGAUGACAGCCUUACAGUCUCUCAAACGAUGACGACUAUAUAGUCACCGGGCAAGACCCAAUCGUGCUACAUUGAGCAUUUGAACUUAAUGCUUCAGUGUGUUGUUUAUCUUCUCUACCUUGAGGGACGACGUAUAGGCUCUCAAAGCAAAUCGGCGACCAUCAUUGGAGCUACCAGAUAAUCAACACCAGGCUAUGGAUAAAUUGACCAUCAUAUCAGGAUGCCUGUUCCUCGCAGCAGACAUUUUUGCCAUCGCCAGCAUCGCCAACCCAGACUGGAUCAAUACAGGGGAAUCAGCUGGUAAGUCAGGUGCGUUGACAGUGGGCCUGGUCCGACAGUGCCAGACCAUCCAUGGGCGCACGCGGAUCUGCAUCCCCCCGACCUUGCCUCCGGAGUGGGUCACCACCCUCUUCUUCAUCAUCCUCGGCAUCAUCUCCCUCACCCUCACUUGCGCCCUGCUGGUGGCGUCACACUGGCACCGCCAGGCCACACGAUAUGCCCGCUGGAUCGCAUUCACUGGCAUGGUGCUGUUCUGUAUGGCAGCACUGAUAUUCCCGAUAGGGUUUUACAUCAACGAGGUGGGAGGCCAGCCCUACAAGCUGCCCAACAACACUGUAGUGGGCUCCUCCUACGUCCUGUUUGUCCUCUCCAUCUUCUUCACCAUAGUGGGACUGCUGUUCGCGGGGAAGGUCUGCCUGCCUGGCUGACAUGGAACACACUUUUGUAUGACUGAAAAGAUGCCAGUCAAGGACAUUGUGCCUGACGGAACUUUGAAAACCUCCUCCAGGCCUGCAUUUUGCAGAUCUGGGGGAAAAACUCAUCAGUUUGUGACGGUCCCAGGGGAGGGGGAAAGGAUGAGGCCACCCACACACAGAAACAGGAAGUGGGUCUGUGACAUCACCUCCACUAGCCUCUAGUCUUCUAGAGGUUGGUGAAAUCAUCUAUUCUCAUUCCUACUACACACUUAGGUAGGUGAAGACUGGAGCUAUGGGAUGUGAUGCAGCUGUGGAUGUCUCUCUGUUGAAAGGAUUGCAGUCAUACAUUGUGUGUAGAGUGGAGCUGGUCUCAAGAUGAGUGGGGAGCUGUUUAAAGCGAAGAUCAGAACAACUGACUGGAGACCAAAGGAUAUAAGAUCAUCUGAAGUAUGCUAUUCUCCCUUCUUGAGCUUUUAGUCUUUAUUAUGGUCAGCGCACUGCAUUAAGAAAUGUGUUACUCUCAGUCCGGUUAUGUUUGUGUUUUUGUUGAACAUAGUUAUUGUUUGUUGUUGUUAUACACAGUUAUUGUUUGUUUUCCCUCCUGUACAUAUUAACGGACAGAACAGCUGUGUUUCAGGAAGCACUGUGAUAUUCAUGGGAAACAUCUCAUUAAAACUACUCACAAAAUGA